CACUGUCUGUAGUUUGAAGGAGUUCCUCAGGGUUCACUGCUGAGCCCUGUAGAGUUCGACAACUUUACCCAGCAUCCUCUUCGCGCUCAACAUGGAGGAAUUGACGGUGGAGGUCCGUGGCUCCAAUGGAGCUUAUUAUAAGGGCUUUGUCAAAGACGUUCAUGAUGACUCUCUCUCCAUUUCAUUUGAAAAUAACUGGCAACCUGAAAGACAAGUCCCCUUCAAUGAUGUGCGAUUACCACCUCCUGCUGAUGGCAAAAAGGAAAUCGCUGAAGGAGAAGAAGUGGAGAUUUACUCCAGAGCAAAUGAGCAAGAGCCCUGUGGCUGGUGGCUAGCUAAAGUGCGCAUGAUGAAAGGAGAUUUCUAUGUGAUUGAGUACGCCGCAUGUGACGCAACCUACAAUGAAAUAGUGACAUUUGAACGUCUCCGCCCAGUCAACCGCAAUAAAGCUGUGACAAAGAACACAUUCUUUAAGUGUACUGUUCCUGUCCCAGAUGAUCUCAGUGCAGCAUGUGAGAACGAACAUGCCCACAAGGAUUUCAAAAAGGCGGUUGGAGCCAUUCGGAUUGUUUACAGCCCAGAGCAAAGUGAACUGAUUGUACUGUCCAUGAAUGAAGCCACCGUCAAGCGUGUCUCCCUGCUGAGUGACAUGCAUUUACGGAGCAUCCGCACAAAACUCAUGCUCAUGUCCAGGAACGAGGAGGCGACAAAACAUUUAGAGAGCACAAAGCAGUUGGCCUCAGCGUUCCAAGAGGAGUUCACUGUGAGAGAAGAUCUCAUGGGUCUCGCCAUCGGAAGCCACGGCAGUAACAUUCAGCAAGCCAGAAAGGUGCCGGGAGUGACUGCUAUUGAACUAGACGAGGAGACUAGAACCUUCAGGAUUUACGGAGAGAGUACAGAGGCGGUUCAGAAAGCAAGAAAUUAUCUAGAGUUUCUGGAAGAUUCGGUGCAGAUUCCUCGUAAUCUUGUUGGGAAGGUUAUUGGAAAAAAUGGCAAGGUCAUCCAGGAGAUUGUUGAUAAAUCCGGUGUGGUGAGAGUGCGCAUCGAAGGCGACAAUGACAACAAACUCCCCCGACAGGAAGGAAUGGUGCCAUUUACAUUUGUUGGAACGAAGGAGAGUAUCAGCAAUGUGCAGGUCCUACUGGAAUACCAUAUUGCUUACCUAAAUGAGGUCGAACAGCUGCGACUGGAGCGGCUGCAGAUUGACGAGCAGCUGCGUCAGAUUGGGAUGGGUUACAGGCCUGCCCCAAAUCGACCCGCCGAUAAGGACGAGGGCACAUCUAACACCACCCUCCAUGUCAAUCGCUCCUACUCCGGCAGGGGCCGCGGCCGCCGGGGUCCCGGAUACACGUCUGGCUACGGCACUAACUCGGAGCAGUCGUACGCUUCUGAGACAGACUCUGAGCGCAAGGAAGAGCUGAGCGACUGGUCCCUGGCAGGAGAGGAGCCCGAGCGCAACCUCAGACAGCAGAGAGACAGCAGGAGGAGACCGGGAGAGGGCCGGGGCCGAGGACGUGGAGGACCUGGUGGCAGAGGCCGUGGCUCAGGACGAGGAGCAUCCAACUCCAUUAGCUCAGUCCUGAAAGAUCCAGAUGGAAACCCAUACAGUCUGUUGGACAAUACUGAGACUGAUCAGACAGCAGACACAGAUGCCAGUGACUCCCAGAUGAACACCAACCGCCGCAGACGCUCCCGUCGCCGCCGCACAGAUGAAGACACCACAGUGAUGGAUGGCAUGAGUGAGUCCGACAAUGCCUCCCUCAGCGAGAAUGGCCUCGAUGACACUGAAGCUAAACCACAGCGGCGCAAUCGUAGCCGCCGCCGCCGUUUCCGCCCUCCUGAGGAGAGGCAGCCAGUUACUGUGGCUGACUAUAUAUCAAGAGCUGAGUCUCAAAGCAGACAGAGAAACCCAAGAGACCUGAGGAAGAACAAAAAGGAUAUGGGUCAAGUGGAGUUCAUAUCGGAGCACAGCCCUACUGAAGCUGUGAGCAAUGGCCCCACCAAAGCAGACGAUCAGAGCAAGACGCCACAAGCUUCCGCCGAGAAGGCGCCAAAAGCCAAGCCAGCUGUUGUCAACGGAGUCUCCUAAUCAGUUCGGUUUAUUUCUCCAAACUCAUAACCUUUACAGUUUUACAAUAGUGCUUGUACAAGCUUGCCAAAGAUAGACGUACGGACUUCCACAUUCUCGAUUGCACUUUUCAGUUCCUUCACUAUGGAACAGAUAAUUACAAUGGGGGAAAAAAAAAAAAAAGAGACGACAAAAAACAAACAAAAAAAAAAAACCUUAAGUCACACCUAUGUUCCUGAUCAGAUGUUGUGCCUUCAGAGCGUAGUUUCAACAUAAUGUUGGCUGGCUAUAGAGAAAACGAACAGAAAAACAAACAAACAAACAACUUGUCUGAAAGACUCCCAGACAUCCUUAGCUGCUUUUUGUUACAUUUUAAUAUGCAACCACUUCUUCACGAGGGGUUAUGGGAAAAGGAUGUUUUGCACUGAAUAGUCAUUUCUUGACCUUUGGAAUAAUGUUAGUCUGGAAACUGGUGUGCUAACUCUGUCCAUUUUAAAUGCUGUAUGUAAAACACUUCCUGAAAGAUUGAAUUUGGGUUUCAUCUUUUUUUUUCUUGUUGGGUUGUAAUGGUGGCAACCGAGACUGUUUUGCUAAAGGAGCCUUUUUUUUUCUUUUUUUUUGGUUUAUUUAUUUUAAAAAUGUACAGUAUUUAAAAUUAACUUGGCAGUUGUUUUUAACACUAAGCUGUCCGAACUUCUUAGCACGCAAACUGCAAAUUUGGACUACUGAAAGAUCAAUUUCCAGAUGUUCUGUUCUGUAAACUACGUUCGUUAGUCUUUAUGGGUUUUUUUUAAAGAUCAUUCUGGUUGUUUGAUGUGCAAUAUGUUUUGUAUGCAGGUAGUUCAUAAAUAAACAUUUGAUCUUCCAGCCAACCUUUUAAAGUUGGUGUA